GUGACGAAAGCUCAGCACCCCCCGAAAUUCCCACCGACGACAUCACCAACCGACGUUGACCGUCAGUUGAACGACACUCUGUAAACCCUCAGCUCUUUGAACAGUUGUAUAAGUCGGCACAGUGGGCGCCCUUCCCUCCUGCCCAACGUCCUUUGACGGGUCCGCCGACCCAGGAUCGCCACCACCACCACACCACAUCGCGUCUGUUAACCUCUUCCGAACCGACAUGUUGGCCACCAGCUCCUACCGCACAGCGCAGUCCUACGACGGGCCCGUUGCCACCCUCCCUGCACACUCGCUUCCCGCUCGCCCUCGACCACCGUCACCGCGUUUGACGCCACCUACGAGCGUGUGCAAGGACAAACGGAGAGGCAGCAAGGGAAGCAUGGGUAGACGGUCGGAUUUGGCGGAGUUUUCGGAAUAUGGCGCUGAGAUUUUCGCGUUGAUGUUGGAGGCUGAGGUCAAGACGGGUGCAGACUCUUCCUUCAUGAACUUGCAAAAGGAGCUCUCAUGGCCCAUGCGCGAAACGCUGCUUACAUGGCUCGUCCAAGUACAUGCGGAACACAAUCUUCAACCGGACACGCUCUACCUGACCAUCAACAUCAUCGAUCGGGUAUGCGCACAAACAGUCAUCAAGCGGGACACCUACCAGUUACUGGGAGCCACGGCACUAUGGAUAGCAGCAAAGUACGAGGAGAACCACGGUCGCGUGCCCAACCUCAAAAGCCUGGUCCUGGUCUGCAUCAACCGGUACGCGGAAGCUGAUUUCCUAGGCUUCGAACGCCACAUUCUUCGAGCGCUGCGGUUUGAUUUAGGCCAUCCCACACCCGAAGCGUUCCUGAAAGCCUACUUCUUACGGUUCAUCGACGAUGAUGAUGCGGAGAGUAAGGAGGACGCGCCCGGCACGCCUGUACAUCAUGUACGAGCCGUCGCGCGGUACCUGAUGGAACUGACCACGGUGUUGAGCCCGAACGGAUGUAUGGUUGACUCGACUUCGAGUGUCCUGGCCAUGGCGGCGUUCAGACUGGGGCAUGAGAUCUACACGUACGCAGGGCUGAAGACGAGCCAUCUCAUCAAGGAUUCUCGAGAAGCUGCUGAGAAUAUCAAUGAUGAUAAUGUUGAUCGGGCGUGUACUAUCAUGGAGCACUGUAUUGCCAAGGGAUCCGACGUUCUCCACCAAAAGUACGCAACAUCCAAACACCACUGUGCGAGCCACAUCGUCCAAGCCUGGUGGACACGUCGCAAAGCCAGCGCCACCCUCCACAAGCUCCAAAUAUCCUCGCGCACCCCGCAACGACCCAUCUCCGGCAACGUGAUGCACCCGCAAAGCCCCUACGUCACCGACAUGGUCGACGAGGGCUACUAUACCCCGACAUCCGUCUACCCGGCCCACCCGCCACCGGGACUCAUCACCCCGCCGAAGGAAUCGCUCCUGGGGUUUGAAGCUACUAUGAUCAAGUCUUGAAUAAACAUCACACCCUACACUAUGAUAUUCGCAACAAUGCCCCGCCCCAUCAAUGCACCGCACUUACGGUCGACCCCCUCUCACACAACACCGCUCGACUGCCAACGAAUGUUUAACCCCCGCCCUUAAUUUGACACUGGAGCUACAAACCUGCCUUACCAACCGGCAAGGAUUCUUGGCCUUUCGACAAACCGUUCUUUUCUUGCACACA